CGGUGAUGGUGACGAAUCGCCAUGCCCAUGUCCACGUUCUCCGCCUCUCUCGUUGGAGCCAUGCCUGCUGCUCGAGGGCGAGUGGCAGCAGCGGGGGCCACUCCAUUUAUAUCUCCACCGGUCCCAAUGAGAGCCACCCUUUUCACUCUCUCCCCUCUGCCCUUGCUGUUGUGCCCUUUUCCGCAUCUGCUCUCUCUCUCGAUUCCUCUCUCCCAUGGCAAAAGAAGAGGCUACCGCUGCAACCGCUGCCAUCAACGAUGCAGCCAUGGACGCCGUCCAGAGGCGCCUCAUGUUCGAAGAUGAGUGUAUCUUGGUGGAUGAGCAUGACAAUGUUAUUGGGCAUGAUUCGAAAUACAAUUGCCAUCUGAUGGAGAAAAUAGAAUCCGAGAAUCUGCUCCACAGGGCCUUCAGUGUUUUUCUCUUCAACUCAAAUUAUGAAUUGCUACUCCAGCAAAGGUCUGCAACAAAGGUUACUUUUCCUUUAGUGUGGACAAAUACCUGCUGCAGUCAUCCUCUUUAUCGUGAUUCAGAGCUUACAGAAGAGAACUUCCUUGGAGUCAGAAACGCUGCACAAAGGAAAUUAUUGGAUGAAUUGGGCAUACCUCCUGAAGAGUUGCCUGUUGAUCAGUUCAUUCCUCUUGGACGCAUGCUAUACAAGGCCCCAUCUGAUGGAAAGUGGGGGGAACAUGAGCUUGAUUAUCUGCUCUUCAUUGUUCGUGAUGUUAACUUGCAUCCAAACCCCGAUGAAGUUGCUGAUGUGAAGUAUGUCAAUCGGGAUCAAUUGAAAGAACUGCUCAGGAAAGCAGAAACCGGUGAAGAUGGGGCAAAACUGUCCCCUUGGUUCAGGCUGGUUGUGGAUAAUUUUCUGCUUAAAUGGUGGGAUCAUGUUGAAAAGGGGAGACUUCAGGAGGCAGCUGACAUGAAGACCAUUCAUAAGCUGACAUAAAAGCAGUAUUGCUGGUGUCUGACGUUGGUUUAAUUAGGGAAGCUACUCCUGCAUAAUGUUUUCGCUUAUGACUUUUACUAUGCUAUAUGCUAAAAUAAGAAUUAACUCAAGGUAUUCUGUUAUGGAUUUGUGAUGUUAGAGACCUAUACAACAUGAUUGGCUGUCAUGUAUGCACUAGCUUUUUGAUGUGGCAUAUGAUUUUGUGCUUUCUGUA